AUAUGGUUAGCUGUUUUUGAUCGAUAUAUAUAUCGAUAUAUUUAGAAGAAAUUGUUGAAAGUGAGGAAGGGAGAAUGGACUUCGCGAUGGGAUGGAACCGUUUCAAUCUGACGUUGCUAGGCGUGUAUCCAGAACCGAGGAAAAUGUCGAGAAACUCGCGAUUGAUGUCGAAUCUGAUAUUCUGGUUCACGACUCUCGUAACGUUUACCUUCAUCUGCGCCCCCCAAACGGCGAAUUUGAUACUGAAAUCGACGUCUUUGGACGAGGUAAUCGAAAAUCUGUCGAUCAAUAUACCCAUCGUCUUUGCACUGAUCAAGCAGAUCGUUUUGAGAUACUAUAAAAAAGCUCUUACCCAACUGCUCGGCGAAAUGUUGGCCGAUUGGAGUGAGCCGAUCGGCGACCAAGAUCGGGAAACGAUGCUGAGGAACGCGAGAAUCGGUCGAGCUAUAUCGAUCGUCUGCUCCACCCUCACGUAUUUCAUGCUCUUCGCCUUCGUCUCCCUUCAGAUUUGGAGUAACGCGGAGAACGCGUCGGAAGCGGAUCUUGGGGGGUUGCUCCACCCUGCCACCUUCCCUUACGAGACGAGCAGAAGCCCCAAUUUCGAGAUCACCUGGCUGGGACAGUUGAUGGGCACCGUUCUAACCGCGAUAUGCUAUUCCUGCUUCGACACGUUCCUUGCGGUUCUCGUGUUACACUUGUGCGGCCAAUUAACCGUUCUUGGAACAGCUCUCGAGGACCUGGUCAACGCCACGAGGAGGAACGAUUAUAAAACGUUCGAGGAACGUCUCAGAUCCAUCGUGAACAGGCACAACCAUCUGUCGAGGUUUGCCGUGAUAGUGGAGGAUUGUUUCAACAUCACGUUGCUCGUUCAAACCUUAAUCUGCACGGCGAUGUUCUGCUUGACCGGAUAUCGCAUGAUAACCUCGGUAGAUCGAGAGGAGGCGGAUGUGCCGAUAGUUGGAAUGAUAUUUUUUAUCAUACACGUGAUCUACACCAUGCUUCAUCUUUUCAUCUAUUGCUACGUGGGAGAAACUCUUCUAGGACAAAGCACGGGUAUUGGCCGAUCGACGUACGAUUGUAAUUGGUACGAUUUACCAUCGAGGCACGCCGUUUUAUUAGUGAUCGUGAUACGCCGUGCAAACGUGUCGUUUCAAAUAACAGCUGGAAAAUUCAGCCCGUUCUCCCUUGAACUUUUCAACGCUGUAUUGAAAACAUCAGCUGGAUAUCUUUCCGUGUUAUUGGCCAUGAAAGAUAGGCCGGUCGAAGAGAAAUAACACGAUGAUCGAAACGAUUUUAUCACUAUAAUUAAAAAACACAGCACUCUGAUUAUACGAAUAAACGUUUUGAUAUGUAUUGAAAUAAUAUGAUUCGUAUAU